AUGCAGAAAGAGGUCACUGACAACAAGAGGUUGCAGAACAUGGUCAGGCACAAAGGCAUCCAAGUCAACGUCGCCCCGAUUAAGGCUAAGAUCAAGGUUAAGCUGUGCAACCUGAUGAGUCCGGGACUGGCAGGUUCACAGCACGUGGUGCUAGCCCCCGGUGGAUGCUGGCACGCGUCCGCUGCUGUAUGGAUUUGA